AGAUCACGUGUGGUAACGCCGUGCUCAACAUCAACCGCAAUCGCUAGCCAGAUUAGAUCAGAGAAUUCCGAUAUAUUGGUCAUCGCCAAAUAUACUCUUCCGAUCUCCUCGACUCUGUCUUUUGAUUUCUCUUGGUGGGAACGAAAUAUAUUAGAAGGUGUUACUGGUAGAAGCGUUGUCAAACACUGAAUACCUGUGACAUCAUCAAGCAAAUCUCCCGUAUGAUGCUUUACUGGCUAAACUAAACCUGUUCCCAUUGUCCUAUGGAAGAACCAGAAAGGACUCAACCACAGUCCUUGAAUAACUUAGUAAUAAAUCUGCAUAUGAUAUAUCUUCUUUUUUCUGGACUUCCAAAGCAGUGAAUUUACGAGUAAGCUCUAAAAAAGUUCACAAGACAAGAACAAACUACUUGACAGCUGAAUAUCGACUUGCUCAUCGAAUAACAAGCGUAUGGAAUUAAUUAUCUCAAUACAUGAUUGGAGCCUCAUCCUUCAACUCUUCCGAAAUACGGUUGGAUCAACUGAGAGACGACCAUUGCCAGGAACAACACAGGCCAUCUAGUCCCCUGCCCUUUCCAAACUGAAAGUGGAACCAAUGCUUUCCUUAUUGAUGUAUUUCUGUUAUUAAGAUCAAUGCAGCUAAAAAAUGUAUCUUUGGGUUCAUACCCUUAAAAAUCAGCAAUAAAUAUGAAUAUGGUGUAUUACUUUAUCUGAUUCAAAUAAUUGAAGUGUCGCAACAAAUAUUCUGAGGGCUUUGCAAGUGUUUUCGUUUCUCAAGGUUGCUCGGAAGGUACUGUAAUCCUGAUUUACAGAUUGUUUAUGUCUUUUUUAUUACGUUCCUAAAACAGAUUUGUCUAUAUUGAGUUCUAACUCGUUUUUUCUAUUAUACUGACCACUUCAUGUAAAUAAAACCGACACUUAACCUAAUGACCAGUUUUGUUUAUUUAUUAACUCUAGGUUAUUGUUUAUUGGCCGAACUUAUGUUUAACUAGUAUCUGCAUAGUAGUAGCUUGUUCGUUUUCCUAAGACAACUCAUUAAUCAAUGGUAAAAUCCGAAUUUCUAACGAUGCCUCCUAGAACCCUAGCUUUCUUUACGUCGAACACUAAGCUCUGGAAACAGUGCUUCAAAAUACAAGUUCGUCUUCAGGUGAGGUCACUUAUUGUUUUUAUUAGACGCUCAGUAAGUUUCAACCAUUUGGAAAUCUACCUCUAGAUAACUACAUGCUUUAUAAGUUCCAUCAACCAAAUCAGUACUGGUUAGUACUGCAGCUUUCUUGAAUAAUCUUUUUGCUCAAACAAUUUUAUAACUGUUCAGUGGACUGCAAAAUAACAUGAGUUUGGGCUUCUCUUCCGUUGGUUCGCACAUACUGAGCGUUUUAAAUGUAAACUCCGCAUUGGUUUCUUUAGCCAUACUAACUGCAUUGAUAAAUCAUCGUUCGGUAGCAGAUGUGCGUAAAAAUAUACCUACAACGAAUGAUUUACUGAUGGUAUUUAUCUUAUGUCGACAUGGUGAUAGGUCUCCUGUUCACACUUUUCCAACAGAUCCAUAUCGAAAGCUAUGGAAAAUGGGAUAUGGUCAGCUAACAACUUAUGGUGCAGAACAACAUCAAGAACUUGGUCGAAUUAUCCGAAAAAUGUAUUCUGGUUUCGUUCCUGAAGUUUAUCAUAAGGAUGAAACAUUGUUUCGUAGUUCUGGGACUGAAAGAACACUGAUGUCUGCAAACAACUUUAUCCGAGGAUUUUAUCACUUGGAAAAGAAGAGCACAAAUAACGUUCCUCCUGUGUUUUCUAGACUAGCACACGAAGAUCACCUGUUAAAAAUGUCCAGCAAGUGCCCUAAAUUUAAAAGGCUUUUUCACCAUCUGAUGAAUUCAUCAGUGGUAUCUCAGAAAGCAAACACAUUGAGAAACUUCUUCGACUUCCUGGAGCAUACGACUGUGUUUGCUUGUCAAAAUGACCCUACUUAUUCCGUGCUUCCCAGCGUAGAGGUAAAUGUAAACGCCAUAAAAUUUAUGUCUUAAGGUGGCAAUUCAUUUUGCACUAUUUGACCACCUAUAUCCGUCUUCAUAAGUAAUGUGCUGUUAUCUAGACGGAUCACCAGUGAUAUGAAAUAUUCUCCACCAUCUCAAUAUUCAUUGAUUGAGCCUACCACUAAAUAAAUUCAUUGAAGCUAGGGAAAUAUUAAAGUGUAGUGGCUUUGUUAGCCAGGAAAUAGAUAGACACACCUUAACAUUGUUUUAGAGAUUCAGAGAAAAUAACAAAGUAGAUUUGUGCAGUUGUGGUCGAUUCUCAACUAUCGGAGAGGUUUCUUGCCAACAGCUUACAGAGUCCGAUAAAUCUCAGUAUAUCACUACUUUCUGAGAGAAACCAAACAAACUUCUUGACUAAAUAGUGUACACAUCAUUGUCUGAUCUUUUUCUAGUCGUUCCCAAUCUCUGGAACCAAUCAACAUCCCUUAUAUUGUUAGCUUGUGGUUCCUAAUUCGUAACACAUACCAUAGCCACUUCAGUUCAGGUCAGUAGUUCAGUGAUCUUUGUCUUUUUAUGUCGCCUGUUUUUACUUUUGACCAAUUGUUUCUUACUUGUGGAGUAUCUCGUGAUCUCAUCAUUUUUGAUGCAUCUUCUUUUGUAAAAUACAAUUUCGUUUAGUUAUUUUUCUUUACGUGUGUCCGAUUUGAAGAUAAUCUAAUUUCUGUUCUUACUUGGCUUUGCAAAAGUUUGUCUAUUCAUUCAUCUAAAGGCAGUGUUCAUUGAUCAAUUAGCAUUUUGACCAUAGCUGCCAACUUAACUUGCUGAUGUUCUUCCGUGAUGCUUUAAGAGGAACCGUGUUUACUGAGGUUGUUUGGACCGUGUAAGAUCAUAAGCAGUAAAUUCAAGAUCCGAUGGUGAAUCUAUAAUACUGACUAUACUGGGUUUUAACAGAAGUGAAGUAUUUCCCUUGAAUGGCCAGGAUUCUUAGCCGUUCUGACUGAUGUAUUACAGUUGGAUGUAUAAAGCAAGAAACGUUCAUGGAUAUGUGAUGAAUGAAGUGAAAAUAUAGUUUGUAAAUAUUUUAAACCACAUUCCUUUGAUCAAAUAAUAACUCAAAGCACACUAGUGAUUUGCUUCCUAAUGAAAGUUCUAAAUUCCUAAUGGGCAGCUGCCUCUAGUGAAGUCAACUGAGUUGGAUAGAUUCUUUCCGGUGAGAUUGAGAAAUGAGCACCUAGAUCACAAAAUAAUAAAUUUAAAAAGUGCUGUAGUAAGUAACUCAGUGACCUAUUGUGGGACAUGAAGGUUCCAUGUUCCGUUCAUGUAUGGGUCCUAUAGUGUACACUAUUGAAGAAUUUUAAACCAACACUAAAUAACUCCCUAAUGGGCUUUGGCUUCCUCUGGAUUUCCAGCUCGUUUCACUCUGUGGAAAUCACUUACACGAAUUUUUACUGGAAGGUAAACAAUGGGGUACUACUGAACGUACAUUACAAGUUUUUCAAAGUUUGAUUUGAACUGAAAUAACAUGGUAGCUUAUGUGCAACUCAGCAAUCGUCUUCGGAGGCUUAUGUACUAGAAUACAGGUCACAGUUUUUCUAUCCCACUGCUAAGACUCAUGUAGCAUGUUAAAUAAAGUAAGCUUUAUCAAUCGACUGAUCGGUUAAGCGUCAAAUACCUACAUUAUACAUUCAAAUAAUCUCAUACAAAAAUGAGAUAGACCGGAUGAAAAUGUUUUUCUUUUUGUAUUGUUUAACAGUUGUGCUAAUACUUUUACUUGACUUUCUCAAUUAAACUAACUUAGGGUACACUUUCCCUAUUGACAGAAGUUCUUCAGAUAAUUUUUACACAGCCUGGCGUAUAUGUGAUCCUGUUACAAUAUGGGUGGAUCAUUCAUUGCCUUCACUUCCUCGUUGGGUCACUAGUGAUGUUUAUAAACAAUGCUCUAACUUAUUGGACUAUAAACAUUUCAUUCGAUUUUCUAAACCACAGUUGACAAGAUUACGAGGUGGUCCGCUGGCUGGUCAUAUUAUGGAUUUAUUUCGUGAGCGUAUUAACCAAGAGCUAAAGAAUAGUGAUCAUGACAUGGAUUCAUCAGAACAACUACAUCGACGUUUCGUUGCUUAUUUUGCACAUGAUUCCACACUGGCGGCUCUAAUGAGCCAUUUAGGUGUAUAUAAUGGAAUCAAACCACCUUUGGCAAGUUGUUUGAUAGUAGAACUUCAUCGUUCAUUAUCAUCAUCUAAUAAUUUUUAUCUUCGAUUUUAUUAUCUAAAUGAAACAAAACUACCUUUAAAAACGGAUAAAAUAGUUAAUCUAUGGCCAACUAAAUGUGAAACUCAUAAUCAUAUUGAUGGUAAACAAUUAAAUUAUUCAUGCCCAUUUCAUAAACUUGAAUUAUCACUUCAAGGGACUUAUGCAACCGAUAUUGGAGCUGAAUGUUAUGAUAAUGAUGCAAUAAAUAAUGUUAAAACAACAUAUACGAAACCAUCAGGCAUAAAAAUGCUUGAAUCUUAUUGUUAUCAUCCACAAUUAUUAACUUUCAUUUUUAUUCAAACAGCUAUAGUAUGUUAUUUUGUUGCCCGUUUCUUACC